UAAUGCCACAUCUGGAGCCGCUUCUCAGCGCGACAAAACUUCUACUUCAAAAAAACACGCAAACGCGAAUUAUCCGUGCGUCAGAUUCUGUUGAUAGUAAGUAGAUUAUUGAAUCCAAAUCUGCGUUUCUCUCUCUCUCUCUCUUCUUAAAUGUUUGCAUCUCUUUUUUUGAGCCCGUUGGAGACUUUCAUACAUUCAGAACUGUUAGACUGUCAUGCACGAUUUCAAGUUUGACACCAUUUCUGUUUAUAAAACUUGAUUUUAAUCAUUAUUUUUUUAUUCUUGGUUUUGAGAARUACGAUUGAAAGUAAGAGGAUCGAGGUGCAGUUCUUCAAUUUAAAAGUCCACUUCUAUAAGCUCUGCUCUGUCACGAGAUCGCUAAUAUUUACUUUUAAAUGCAAAAAAAAGUAAACCCAGUCUGAGCUCCUGCCCUUGAGCUGGUGCGUUGAUGCUGACAUGAGUCAGAGAGGGAACGGAGUUGUGAAAUUCAACAGCACCCCCCCUUCCCCCCACAGUGAUGGAGUGAGUGAUCCAUGAGCCUCACUCACUUAUUUUAGUUCAUAUUUAUUUAUUUGUGUUCUGAUUCCAUCUCUUGAUCUUCAGUUUUUUUGGGGGAAAAAAGCUGGAGGAAAACCUGAAGGCGCUCAGCUCCAUACUGAAGUGUUUAAGUUCAGUCUGCGGGUAAAUGAUUAAAUAAAAAGAGAGAGAGAGAGAGAGAGAAGGACCUAAAAAUACAGCGUUGGUUUCUUUCCCUACAAAGAAUCAUUUGAACUUCCCACUGCAGUGAGAGAGCGACAUAAAUAGUUCUGACAUGUGGAUGUAAUUUCAGAAAGAGGAGGGGRAAAAAACUGAUGUGGAGAAAUAAAGCGAGCGGGUUGAACCAGACCAUAUAAUAGAUUAUAGGAAAUUAAAUCGAGACGAUUUUGAUUUCACAAGCCGCCAGAAGCACCGAGAGGCCGAAUGGAGUAGUAGGAUGCAUCCCGCUCCACUUUGAAGAGAGUUAAGUAGAUCUGAGCUCCUUCGGUGCUGGUUUAAACCGUGCAAGAAGAAGAAGAAGAAAAAGAAGAAGGUCUUUUUGGGAGGCAGAGUUGCCUCAGGUCAGGCAUGGGAUCCUCCCUGCUGCUGCUCCACAACCUGGACUUUCUGCUCAUCUCACUCUUCAGCAGUCUGUGCCUGGUCUAUGCAGAUGACGUCUUGACAAAAGAGGAGCAGAUAGGCCUGCUGUUCAGAGCCAAGCAGAAGUGUGAGAGAAACAUCAAGUCAAAGGCCAAAAUUCCAGAUGGUUUCUGCACACCGGAGUGGGACGGCAUUGUUUGCUGGCCUCAAGGACCUCCUGGAAGCCUUGUGUCCACAUCCUGUCCAGAGUACAUCUACGACUUUAACCAUAAAGGACUGGCAUACCGCCGAUGUGACAACAAUGGAACGUGGGAGCUGGCCUCAGUCAACAAGACGUGGGCCAAUUAUAAUGAGUGUGCAAAAUUCCUUUACCAUUACAACUAUAGCCAUGAAAAGGAGGUCUUUCACCGUUUGUAUCUCAUCUACACAGUCGGGUACUCCAUCUCCCUGGGCUCGCUCAUGGUGGCCGUUGUCAUCUUGGGUUAUUUUCGACGGUUGCACUGCACCAGAAACUACAUCCAUAUGCACUUAUUUGUGUCCUACAUGCUACGAGCUAUAAGUAUAUUUGUGAAAGAUGUUGUUCUUUACUCCGGAUCUGCGUUGGAGAACAUGGAAAGAGUCACAGUGGAGGACCUCAAGUCCAUUACAGAAGCUCCGCCAGCCAACAAAAUGCAAUUUAUUAGCUGCAAGCUGGUCGUGACCUUGUUCAUGUAUUUCCUGGCGACCAAUUACUACUGGAUCCUUGUGGAGGGUCUUUACCUCCACAGCCUCAUCUUUAUGACCUUUUUCUCGGACAAGAAGUAUCUCUGGGGAUUUACUCUGAUUGGAUGGGGAGUACCGGCUGUGUUUGUGACCAUCUGGGCAACUGUUAGAACCAUGCUUGCUGACACAGAGUGUUGGGAUUUAAGUGCAGGUAAUUUGAAAUGGAUAUAUCAGACACCUAUCCUGGUGGCUGUGAUGAUCAAUUUUUUAUUAUUUCUGAAUAUCAUCAGAGUCCUGGCAACUAAACUGCGAGAAACAAACGCUGGAAGAUGUGACACCAGACAACAGUACAGAAAACUGCUGAAGUCCACGCUGGUGCUGAUGCCUCUGUUUGGAGUCCACUACAUCAUAUUUAAUGCCAUGCCAUACACAGAGGUGUCUGAGAUACCGUGGUUGAUACAGAUGCACUACGAGAUGCUUUUCAACUCUUUCCAGGGCUUUUUAGUUGCAAUUAUAUACUGUUUUUGCAAUGGAGAGGUGCAAGCUGAGAUCAAAAAGUCCUGGAACAGAAGAACUCUGGCCCUCGACUUUAAAAGAAAAGCUCGAAGUGGCAGCAGCACUUAUAGCUAUGGACCUAUGGUAUCACACACCAGCGUUACCAACGUCACAGCCAGAGGUCCGCUGGGCCUCCACCUCACCACGAGGCUGGGGCAGGCGCCGGUAAACGGCCACAGAAACCUGCCCGGAUACGUAAAGAACGGCUCCGUCUCAGAGAACUCCAUACCGUCCUCGGGACAGGAACUCCACAUUCCUGAGGAGGAGCACUCGGCUCAUACACAACCCAAACAGGAAGAAAAACCUCCGCCUGUCGUUGAGGAGGAAAGAGAGACGGUCAUGUGACCUGCAGGGAACAGUAACAAAAGAUGAGCAGACACGUCAUGAAACCCUCUUAGGACGAUCUGAAAGGGGAUGACCGCAUGCAUCAACACUGACAGUUUUUUUUUCUCCUGGGAACUGAGCCAGAACAUUGUCAACAGAUGAGGCUCAAGGCCAGAAAAGUUGCAUCGUUUUUUUCCCCCAAACUUAUCCAGACAGAUGAGAACCCACAAACACUCUUUGCUCUUUCAUCAACCCUCUGUCACAGACAGUGUUCACAAAGCUUAAACAGACUUUCAUGCUUUGUUUCUACUGCCGUGACUGUUGUUGUCUGGUUUGCGUAGGUCAUCCUUUGUUCAUAAAUUAAACAUGAACUGAGUGUGGAUAGUAGGAGCCAAGAUCAGGCUCAGUCACAUCAAAGGCUGGAAGGUGCUGGGUGUACUUCGUGGCGCAAGCAUGAAAUUUUUUAUCAGAAGGAUCAAAUUCCAGCUUGAUUUAAAUAUUUUUUUAAAAAGGUCUUUAAUGCUACUGUCCUACUAGUUCCUUUYAUGUUUGUAGCAUGAUAUUUGUUUCAUGUUUACUUAGAUUCACUUCAGUGUAAAAGAGAAGUUACUCAGGUAAUUGAAGUCCUUCGUUGUUGCACACCUGUUUUUAUACUUCAUACAUGGUGUUUUAGCAUAUUCUGUAUUUCACCCAAGAGGAUGCUGGUAUUAUAAAUAAGGCUUCCGAUUAGUUUUAAAGGUGCAUUUUUGUGUACAGUUUCUGCUGUUUUGAACAAACUAGUACCCCUCCCUCUAAUUAUUAUGGAUAUUGAAGGGUAAAAAUUAAUGAAUCUGUUUUAAAUUCACUUUUUUUUUUUUUUUUUUGAUGGCCUCCCUUCUCCCCCUUUAGCCAUC